AUACAUAGCACAGAAGAAGAAAAGCAAACCGUAGAACUUUAAUAGAAAUACCCAGAAAACGGGGUUUAAAUAUCGUGUUAAAGAACGGUUUUAAAAUAAUUCAUCAAACAAAAUUUUUACCCGAGAAAGGAAGACUUUCGAAAAUGAAUAUAACUCACUGGAUUUUAGUAGGGGUUAUUAUUUUGCCUAUUGGGCUCGCAUGCUGCUUUAUUUGUUUAGUAGUUCGUCGGGCACUUGGCGAUCAAAGUGCGGUUCAUCCAGAUUUAGUUGAAAUGCGACAACUGCAGCAGCUUGGAGCGAAUGGCCAGCCACCGGGCUUGAUAGAAAAUGGCGUGGGAAUACGAGGGCGCCCCGCUGAGCCGCGACCUAUUGCAGGUGUAGUGAUGCCUGAAGUUGAUGAACUAGAUGAACUAGAUGAUCCAGUAGCAAAUAUUGGCGCAGCUGAGGUAAAUGCCGCCGCCGCAGUUGCAUGCGCUGGGCUUGCGUUAGGAAAUCCGGCCGCUGAGAGGGCAUUAAAUGCUGCUGCGCCGAUAGCAAAUAUUGGCGAACCGAGGGAAGAGAACGAUGGCGGUGAACAAAGAGCGAGUAUUGCAACGAGAUUACUUGCGGCACUGGCAGCGAUGCUUGGUUUAUGUUUAGCAGGAAUUUUCCCAGAGAGAGAAGUUGUUGAAGGGAACGCGAAUGAUGUUGAGCUGGUAGAAAUUGCAAACAGACCACUGGGUGAGAAUGCCAAUGAACAGAGGGCACAGGACGCCAAUAGAGGGAUGGAGGAAAAUUUGAAUAGACCGCAGGAGUCACGAGCGCAAAAUGCUGUCGAACCCCCAGCAGAUAACUUAGCUGACCCAGGAGUGGAGAGCACAGAUGAACCGAGAGCAGAGAAUGCAGGUAGACAGAUACGCGAAAAUAUUAGUGGACCUAGACCAGCUAGUAAAAAUAGAUCUCAAGAAGAAAAUGUUGUUGAAGAACUAUCAAGCAACACAGAUGAGCCCCAAACAGAAAACACAUAUAGACCGAGAGCAGAGAACACGGAUGGACCGCGAGCAGGGAAUUCAGAUGAGCUCCGUGUAGGGGACACAGAUGGAUUGGCAGCAGGGAAUGCAGAUAGGCAGAUUCCCGAAAAUAUCAAUAGCCCGGGGGCAGGGAAUGCAGUUGAGCGGAGAACAGAAAGCGUUGAAGCGCAUGGAAAUUCUCUGGCAGUGGGUGCAGCGCCAGCAGAGAGCUCUCAUCAGAGAGCGAAUAACGAGUUGAGGGUAAGUCCUCGACCACGAGACAGAGACCAGUUGCCGAUGUUUAUACUUAUUAAUGAAGAGGCGAGGGGCCGUCCAACCCCGAAUUUUCGGCUAAGUAGAUUUAAGUCCGAUUCCGAGGAAGAGAAUACAUUUUGAGCUCGAGUCGAGUUAGGAUUUUUUUAAUACUUAAUUAAUUAUUUAAUUAAUAUAAUUGGACGUGGAUUUAAUAAAAAA